CAUUGUGAAACCUCAAUCAUUGGAACCCCUUGGGGGGAAAUGAAAACCACCACCCGGUCUGCCACUCCACAAGUACUGUCCCCCGAUGUCCACGUGAGAUUGAAGAUGUGUGUCAGCCAGGCCUUUUCCUUCCUGAGUUGUCCAAUGGUUGCCGGAACGUCCUUGAGGCCAACUUAAAGUCCUUCUCUACAGUCUCCCCAAACUCCUUCCACACCCAGGUUUUUGCUUCAAAAGUAUGUCCUGCUAUUUGGGCCAUAAGCACAGACAGCGCUGACAGCCUUCCUCUAUCUGAAGUUAGUCCAUAAAAAACAAUCCCCUUAAACUCCAACAAAGUGCUGCUCAGUCUAGGAGUGAUUAUCCUCACACUUGCCUGCUCCAUAUCCAGGAGUUUGGUUCUAGGGCCAGUGUUGUGCGCACAGUUUAGUCAAACUACUGUAUGUCCAGUUGGUGUUACUCAACCUCCUCCACUAGUUCAGGCUGCUUCUCUACCAAAGAGAAGACAAACAAUGAGGCCAAAGCCUGGUUGCAUGAGAGUACCCCAGUAGUGGUCUUCAUUUGGUCUUCAAAUUGCUUGUAGUCUGGCUUUAGUUUUUAUUUUUAACUCAGACUAUUUGGCCACGAGAAAUCCUUCCAGAAGCUUCUGAACCAAAAAACAACACAGCUUUUUAGGGAGAUGGGAACAGGUAAACCCUUUCACAAAUGUGUGGCUGCCAGAUUCAUUCUGAUGGAUAAAUGAUAACACAAAAAUGGACGCACAUAUGAUUGAUCAAUCUCUUUUGACUGGUAUAUAAACCUCUGAGGAAGAAGGGCUGAUGCCCACAGCUAGACAGCGGCUGGAGGGGAAGUCCAAAGCCUAAAAUCUAACUACCAUAAAACACAUGAUCUACUAAAUAUACCUUUUCUUUUUUAUUAAGCUAUCUUGCCAAUAUUUUAACCUCCUUAACAGUUUUUCUGUCAGUUAGAAAUCAGUAAGAAUAUUUGAGUUCUUUGUUAAUGAGGUCAGCCUGCUUCUGUGGGCGUCUCUGACUUUGAAAGCUUUAAGACGCAGAAGCAGAGUUUCAGUUCAGUUGGGAGGAACUCAGUCUGUCUACAGCAGGACAGCAGAUGAAUGUAAAGAUUCAUACAAUGUCAAACUGUUUAGUUUCUUACAUUCUGUUGACUUAAAUCCGAGAAUGGUGAGUGUAAGGUAUUUGCUCAUGAAAAUUCACUUAUUUUAGUUUAGAUUACUGGAUGUGUGGAAAUGUAAUAUGAUUGGUGCACCUAGUUCUACCUGUAAACAGUGUUUAUUUUUUUAUUUAUUUUACAAGCCCAAAACAGCAUCAUGGUAAACUCAACAAAUUAUUCAUACUUUGUAUUCAGUGCCUACUUUUACAGUGACAAUUUUAAAUAUUUAUAUUUUGUGAUUGUCAUGAUGUUAUAUAUGUUAAUUGUUGCUGUCAACACAUUUCUCAUUGUGGUUAUCUGUAUGAACAGAAGCUUACAUGAACCUAUGUACCUUUUUCUGUGCAGCCUGUUUGUAAAUGAGCUGUAUGGUAGUACAGGGUUGUUUCCAUUCCUUCUGCUUCAGAUUCUCUCUGACAUUCACACUGUUUCUGCUCCCUUUUGUUUCCUGCAGAUUUUCUGUUUAUUUACAUACGCAAGUGUAGAAUUUAAUAACUUAGCCAUCAUGUCUUAUGACAGAUAUCUUGCUAUCUGUUAUCCUUUACAAUAUAACACACGUAUGACAUUUAAGAAGGUUGUCUUGCUUAUUGGUGUAUCAUGGUUCUACUCAUUUCUUACAAAUGGUGUCACAUUAUCUUUAAGUUCCCCUUUACAGCUGUGUGGGAACAUCAUUAACAAAGUGUACUGUGACAACUACUCUGUUGUUAAACUGGCCUGCUCUGACACCACAGCCAAUAACAUUUAUGGACUCAUUGUCACUUCUGUCUCAAUUUUAUGUCCUGUAUCUCUAAUCCUUUACACGUACAUGAGGAUUCUUAAAGUGUGUUUUUCUGGUUCUAAACAGACCAGACAAAAAGCUGUCAGUACCUGCACUCCUCACCUUGCUUCUCUCUUGAACUUUUCUUUUGGUUGUUUCUUUGAAAUAUUACAGAGUAGGUUUAACAUGAACAGUGUACCAAACAUGUUGCGAAUAUUUAUAUCUUUAUAUUUCCUUACAUGUCAGCCCCUUUUGAAUCCUGUGAUGUAUGGACUGAAUUUGACCAAAAUCCGUAACAUGUGUAAAAGUCUGGUCUUUGCUAAAAUGUAAGAUGUCUAACAGAUUUAAAUAAUUCACAAUAAGAAUAUUCAUGUCAUUCUUAAUACAAAGAUAAAAAACAUGCAAAGUCAACAGAGAUAAAUAUUGUAAUUUUUUGAGUUAACCAAAGUAACUUUGGUAAUUUGGGUCAUUUGUAAAGUGUUAAAAACUAACCCAAACCAGCUGGAGAAACCCAUGACUCACUUUCACUGAAGAAAUAAUAAAUAUUUGAU